AUGCGCACGUUCGUGUUUAUCAGCGGGAUUCCGGAUUUUGUCCUGCAGCCGUUGUUUAACGACGCCAAACGGGAGGCGAAUAUGAUCACGCGACCUAAUCGCGAUCCGCGCUACGAGCGUUUACGCCGCCUUCUCGCUGAUCACACCUCCGGGCUGAUGUUGGUGAUGCAUCUCGAGACCAAAGGCUACGGCCUCGCGCUCUAUGCGAGCGAGGCGGAGGCGCUGGAGGCGUGCAAAGCUACCAUUACCCCCGAGCCACGGACCACACGCAACCGGGAAGGAAAAAAAGAAGAGGGGGAGCAGUCUUUUCCCCCCGUGGAGCCUCUUCGUCUUCGCAUUGUGGAAAAAGAAAAGCCCCCACCCCUGGAGGCGGUCUACACCCCAACUAUCGUGAUCGAAGGGGAGACGGUUCUAAAAAGCGAGCUGGCAAACACGCGUGGGUUGGAAUUGACGUACCGCGGCCAGGUGGUGCCCAAAUGGUGUAGGAAUACGCUGGAUAAAAUGGAUUGCUAUUUUGGAGCGUCUUGCCAUCAUAUUCAUCGCUUGGUGUAUCAGAAAACACUUCGAAAGCGCCCUCGUCUUGACGACAGCGGAAUGCAAGGCCCAGGGGGGCUUAGUGCGGAAGAGCAAAGGGCCGUGGACGACCUUCUGAUAAACUUCAAGCUAUCGGAGGAACGGUUACUGCAAAUUCGCUCCCCCUCCAUCGAGCGCCUUCCGAGUGUGUUUGUUCCCUUUUCCAUAGAUGAGUUGGAGCGUUAUUUACACGGCAGCGGUAGCGACGACGCCGUGUUAAUGGAAAUGAAAGAUCGCGUAGAGGAGGCUUGUCGCCUUGGCGGGCCCUCACUUUUAUCGAACGGCCCGUUUUUUCCGCGCUUCAGCUUCCCAGGGAGCUCGCCGUGGGAUUGGGCUCUGCACUGCGAGCACAAGGAGGGUCUACCGCGCUUGCGCAAGGUCUGCCCUUUUCCCCCGAACGGCGCCCCGACGCCGCUUGAGCGGGAUAUCUUCCUCCAGCGCCUUUUUUAUCAUCUUAAUCAAUGCAAUGCCUUUACCAACGUGCUCGAGGCGCUGCGAGCAAUUCGGUUUAGUGAGCGUCUUCGACGUGCGUUUGAGGAGUUUAAAACGCAAAGCUCAAGAAGGCUUACCAGAGGGCGCCGGAUCUCCCACGAGAACCCAGAGGUGGUUUAUCUCUGCAUUCGCCCGUGGCUGUACUUGCCGACGACGGGUUGCGAAGUUGAGGCGUUCAUUGAGAACGGAAGACGGGUUCGCGGACUUGUUCAGCGAUAUAGUCAGCUACGGUUGAUGCUGACGGUGGGAUCUCUUCCAGGAUUUGAUGAGGCCCCUGACGACGAGUUGAGCCCGGAGGCUAAACUUGAUGCCGCGUUAUCCCGUUUUACCUCCAUGAACAGUGAGACUGAUGCGGUGGAGGAUCUGCUUGGGGAAACCCAACGCUUCGGAAGAUACUUUAGUCGUGCUGUAGAGGAGCUGCAAAGGCAUUUUAUGAGCCUGGAGCGGUCCAAACUCUCGUCCGAUGCGGGAGAGCAUCGCGAGGGGUCAACUUCUUCCGUUGAUGAAGGCAGUGGCCGUUGCCUUCACGGUCUUUCUAAAGCUUCGUGGUGUGCGAAGAUGGCUCUUGUGUUGCCACCGCCAUCAUCAUCGACAGCCGUAGCCGCGGCAGGGAUUCCUACCCCAUCCGUGGCGAUUCUCUCUUUUAAGCCCUAUUUCCAGGCCUUGGAGGACUGCGCGAUGGAUACUUAUCUAACUCGAAAUACCACCACCACCACCAGUUCCAACAGGGCUCUGGGAGCUGGGGCGGAGGUGAUAUGGAAUUUAAAAAAGCAUAUGUACGUCCCCUUAUUGCCGCUGAGCAUACUCGAGAAACUAAAGGAGUAA